CGGGACGGAAGCCGAGCAGGGCCGCUUCCAUCGUGUGCCCGCUUCCGAGACGGCGGCGGUGUGGCCUCCGCGGGGCGGGGCGGUCUCGGCUGCGCGGGGCGGCCGGCGGGCGGCAUGGUGCGGGCGGCGCUGGGCCUCUUGCCGAUACUGUUGAGCUGCGCGCGGCCCCGGGGGCCCGGCCUGAGGUGGCUGUGGGGGCGCGGGGCCCGCCUGGAGGCCGUGGGGAGAAGGCGGGCCUGGGAUUGUGGCUGGCGGCGCUUGAGCUCCGAGCCGGGACCCGGGCCGGCGCACUACCAGCUCGUCUACACCUGCAAGGUCUGUGGGACCAGGUCCUACAAGCGCAUCUCCAAGCUCGCCUAUCACCAGGGUGUGGUCAUUGUGACUUGCCCUGGUUGCCAGAACCACCACAUCAUCGCCGACAACCUGGGCUGGUUCUCGGACCUGGAUGGGAAGAGGAAUAUUGAAGAAAUCCUGGCGGCCAGAGGGGAGAAGGUACACCGAGUGGCUGGCGAGGGGGCCCUGGAGCUCAUUUUAGAGGCUGCGGGGACCCCCAAAUCCACCACUGCUAUGGAAGGGGCUGAGGACCAGGAUCCCACCCACUCUGGCAAGACAGAGGCCAGCUGACCCGCCUUCUGCCUUCAAGAAGGAUGCUCCGGCCCUGAGCCACUCUGGACUUGCCUGUUUCUAUCAAUAAACAGACAUCACUUGGAGAUGCUGGGA